AGCAGGUAUAAAGAUUUCAGAGCCUAUCUAGAGGCAGUUUAAUGUUGGAAGACAUUUGUAGAUUGUGCAUGUUACAUUGAGGUUAAAAUACUUCUGUUGUUGCACUGUGGACACUAAGGCUAUGAAAGUGACAACACAUCUAUGUUAUAUCAUUUAGGGAGUAUAGAUUUAUAUUUAAGUCAAAUACAUGUGCUCUAUAUUACUUAUUGAAAGUUUGUAAACAAAAUGGCGACACAGUCUGAUAGAGUUUUCUUCUUCGGUUGUGUAUCAUGCAAGAAAAACAAGAAUAUCGAAGAAUAUGCAGUGUAUUACUGUGAAAAUGUCAACAGUGUUUUUGUAGACAGUGCUGUGAGCUACAUCAUGACUAUUUGUUUAGUGAACAUGAAAAGUACGACCGACUAAAUAUGAGGAACUGGCCAGUCUCAAAGGAGUUGGAGGCUGUUAUACUUAUGUGUAAAAUACACACUGAUAAAAAACUAGAGACGUUCUGCAAAGAUCACAGCCAGCUGUGCUGCUCAAAAUGUGUUUCCUUAAGUCACAGAAAAUGCAAAAAAGUAACACUUAACUCAGCCAAGAAGCAGGCAGCAGAAGUACAAGAACUGUUUGAGAAGCUCCUGAUCAAUAUGAGAAAACUGAGGAAACUGCAGAGUUGCUGUGAGUCUGGAAUCCAGGAUCUGAAGAGUUCAUACCAGGGGCAAGAACUCAUGGUACACAAAAUGAACGACAAAAUUAAAUCCACUAUGGCCAAAAUUGUGAGGAGAACUUUAAAGAAAAUACCUAAAGUUGAGCAAAACAAAAUCCAUGAAUUAAUGCAUUCCACUUUGUUUCAUAUAGAAAAUAUUACUUUAAAUGAUGCAAAAAUUACACUAUCAAGUCUUGAAGAUUCUCUCAAGACUGGCGUUGAAACCUGCAUCCGUCAUCAUCAUGAAUUAAAAGCACUCCAUGAACUCCUUCUAUACAGCAGUGACAACAACAACAAGAAACUCUGUAUUAUAGCUAGUCGAAAAUGCAUUGACAAAAUACAACAAGUUGAAUCAUACCUGGAUGAGAACAGUGUUAAACUUGAAUGUUCGUUAUUACAACAGACUAUACAAGGCACUGAGCAGUACAUUGUCAGAUUGUCAGGUCUGGGGAGGCUGAAAGAGAGUAUGAAAGCUCACACUGACAUUGAACAGUACUUGUCUAAACUGUCAGGUCUUGUGAGAGUUGUAGGUCCUAACUAUAUGUUUACUGUCCAGGGAAAGUCUGAGCACACUGUGAGAAUACCAAGUGAUUCAGAAUCAUGCUCUAUCACAGCCAUCUGUGUUCUCCCAGAUGGGCAAGUGCUUCUUGCAGACAGAAAUAAUAAGAAGGUCAAGCUGCUGAACCAGCAGUACCAUGCGGUGAGCCACUUGGAUGUGAGGGCUGAGUCACAGGACAUUUGUCAGAUCACACCCAGUGAGGUUGCAGUGGCUGUGACUUAUAGAAACAUACAUGAGGUUCAGUUUAUCACAGUCAUCCAGGGCCAGCUCACUCUUGGUAGGAAGCUUAAGUUACAACAUGGAUGUUCAGGUAUUGCCUGCCAUCAGGGAGAACUGUUUAUCUGCUCUGGUACUGCUCUGUACAAGUACACACUAUAUGGCAAACAGCUCUGCAGACUCUAUGAAGAUAGGUCAUCUGAUUAUACAGUAGACAAGUGUGCUGUGAGUCCCACAGGAGACAGGCUGUACAUCACCAGCGGCUGGCUGCAGCACAAGCUUCUCACCCUGGCCAGGGAUGGCACACUCCUGGCUACAUACACAGACCCAGCACUAGAGGGCCCAUCUGGUCUACAUGUGACCCCUGCAGGCCAGGUGCUGGUCUGUGGAUACCAUUCCGACACUGUACAACAGUUGGGCUGGGAGGGAGAGAGUAAGCUGGCUACGCUGGCUACUAAGGAGGAUGGAGUGUGGGGGCCAGAGUCAGUCUGCUACAGCAGCACCACAUCCUCCAUCAUUGUGGGACUGUUGAAGGACGACACCAUCCUGGUGUUCAGAGUGGAAUAGUGUGUACAUUGGCUGCUGAGUCAGGGCAACAAUGAUGAGGAUGUGGUGGACAAGAAUGGCCUGAGUACGCAGAAGCAACUGCUCAGCACAGAAGAUGACUGUCUGACAAAAGGCUCAGCCGUAUCACAGUCCAGUGAUGCGUAUGAUGGGUAUGAUGCGGUCGUUCCAUGUCUUAAGAUCGCAUCAUGAAAGACAUUUUCACUGACACUUGGAAGGGAGAGAACUGAAGAUCUGCAACAGCAGUGAGCAUGAGCAUUGUUAUUGAGUUGACCAGGACGGCACCAGUCGGACCCCCAGGAGCCUACAUCCAGGACAACCCUUCCCCUUGCCUGAUCCCUAGCUCCUCCUCUUUGACCUCCUGCUUCAAAGCUUCAUUGAACAAUACCAUUCUGCUGGAAUGUCUGAGCAUGUUGAGUUUUUACAAGCUGUUUUCAACAACUGCAAUGUCCUUGUUGAUUGAUCCACACUGGUGCCUGAGUAGU